AUUCACCAAUAUUCAAUAUUGGUUGUUAUUGAUAUUCAUAUUGACAUGGAUCGGUGCCCCUUGAAUCUGUUUAGGUUUUAUAAGAGUGCAACAACAAAAAAUUUAACUCUAUUUCAAUUUAAUAGGAUUGACUACAUGGAUCCAUCCACGUAAAAGUGGAAGAAAGUAAAGACAUAGAGAUGAGAGAGCACAAGAUAGAUCUAAUCCAAUUUUAUAUCGGCCGACAAGGUAUCUAUAUGUGAAUCUAUGGUCCUCAAUCCAUGCACCAAAAUCUUAUAUGAUUGUUUACACACCCAAAAAAAAAAUCGUUUUAAUCUGAUUGGAAUUAAUCGAUUAACAAAAUAAUGCAUUAAAAAUCCAAGUGAUUAUACUUUUUUCUUUUGACUAAACAAUCCGAGUAGAAGUGAUUACACACAAGACGGAAAAUCCAAAUUUUUUUUAAUGCGAAGUGAUUAAUGUAUUGAGCCAGACAAUAGAAAUGUAACAAAUGUUACUCCCAAGACUCAGAAGCUGAUGAUAUAAUUAAUGGCUUUUAUGAAGCUCGGAAAAGGAAGGAAAAAAAAGAGGAGAAGAAAUCGAUGGGUCAUCGAAGAGAAUAGCAGGAGGAACGAAGGUACUCGGGGAAAACAAAAAGUGAAGGAGAUGAGAUCUAAAGAAAGACGGUCGGAAAAGUACGGAGACAUGCACAGCCUUGUCGCUUCUCUUUGCAAGCAACUGACUCUACUCUACUGAACCACCUGACACCUGGUCUCAAGUCUGUACUCUGUAUAUGAAGCCUCCUGUACUACUACGUACGUAGUUGGUAUCCCUGUACCCCCACUCUGCUGCAUGCCUGCAUGAUAUUUUCACAUUUGCCAAAGAGAUGUAAACAUAAGGACCAUAAUCUCCUUCUCUCUCUAGAGUCCUGACGCAGGAAAGACUCAGGGUUUCAAUCUUGGAGAUAGGCAUAGCUGUGGUUUCUAGAAUGGAUACACCCGACGCGUUCUCGGCGACUCUAUUCAAAUGGGACCCAAGAGGGGCAGGGGCAGGGGGGUCUCCACCGCCUCACCGGUUGCUGGAAGCGAUGACGGCACCCCAGACAUGCGGUACGUGCACAAGGACGCAAAGGGAUGUGGGAGGGCUGGAUGUGUUCUUCCAGGCUUACGGAGUCCGAUACUACACUGCGGCAAAGAUAGCAGAGCUAGGGUUCACGGUGAACACACUCCUGGACAUGAAAGACGAGGAGCUGGGGGAGAUGAUGACCAGUCUCUCCCAGAUCUUCCAGUGGGACCUCCUUGUCGGGGAGAGUUACGGUAUCAAGGCCGCCCUCAGGGCGGAGCGUCGACGCCGCCUCCACCUCCUUCUCCCAACCUACGCUACCAACGCUCUCGAUGCCCUCUCCCAGGAAGGAUUGUCGAAGGAGCCAGUACUGCAACAAAAGAGGGAGAAGCAGCACCGGCAGCGUCAAAAGAAGAGGGCGGCAUCGACGAAGAGUACUACUACAACUACAGGGGACGAAGAAGAAGAAGAGGAGGAGAAGGAAGACGAAGAUAAUGAAGAAAAGAAAGGAAGAGUAGUGGAGAGGCAGCGAGAGCACCCAUUCGUCGUGACGGAGCCUGGUGAAGUAGCUCGGGGGAAGAAGAACGGCAUCGAUUAUCUCUUCCACCUCUACGAGCAGUGCCGUGAAUUCUUGAUCCAUGUUCAGAACAUCGCCAUGGAUCGUGGAGAAAAAUUCCCCACCAAGGUGACAAACGAGGUGUUUAGAUAUGCAAAGAAUGCAGGAGCUAGCUCCAUAAACAAGCCCAAAAUGAGGCACUACGUGCACUGCUACGCGUUGCAUUGCCUGGACGAAGAGGCAUCGAAUGCCCUGAGGAGAGCAUUCAAACAGAAAGGAGAGACCGUGGGAUCUUGGAGGCAGGCUUGCUACCAGCCCCUUGUCACCAUGGCAUCUCACCAUGCUUGGGACAUCGACUCCAUCUUCAACUCCCACCCUCGUCUCUCCAUCUGGUACGUCCCCACCAAGCUCCGUCAGCUCUGCCAUGCCAACCACUGUGAGGCCAAUGCCAAUGCUGACGCUACAUCUGCUUCUGCUGGGGCCAGCACCGUCGCUACUGCCCACCCUUCCUUCUAACCAUUAACCAACAUUUAGCCAAUUAUGUUCUUUGGCUUUGAAGGUUUGGGUGGGACUAUAAGAGUUAGUCUAGAGUCAAUGUACUUGGUAAAGUUGGUUUGUUCUGCUUAUUUUCAUAUUGGGCCAACAAAAUUCUUCCAAGAAUCUGAGUUUUGAUCA